AUGGGGCUACGUCCACGAGAUUGCUUAACUCAUUACCAUCUAAUAUGUUUAGCUGGUCUUGUUUCAAUAUCACUUGUUUUAAUUAUUGUCGGUGGAUCUCUUCCAGCUUGGUGUAUACGUUAUGGAAAUACAUUUGAAUGUCAUUCAUUAUUACAUUCUGAACGAGCUUUUUCAUGUCUUUUUAAAUUAAUACCAACAGGAACUGUACUCUGUUUAAUUCUUUCAUUAUUUAUGUUUGUUAUUCUUAUUAUUGGUCAAGUACAAAUUGAAUAUUCUGGUAUUGCAAAAAAAGAAUAUCAACUUGUUGCUCGAUGUGUUAAUAUUCUUGCAUUAUCAUUAGCAAUAGUUUUAAUUAUGGUUGUACUUCUUCAAUGGUUUCAUCCACCAGCACAUUCAACAAAAGAUAUUGUAAUUGCUUUGAUACCAUCACAAGAUUUAACUAAUAAUGCAUCGAAACAAGAACGUAUUAUUUUUAGAAAUAUUUCACCAGAUGAUCCAUCAUAUUUAAAAGCAAUCGGUGCACGACGUCAAUCAAUGCUUACCUAUCAUCAAAAUUUUAAUCAUGGGCCUAAUCUAUUUUUUGCAGCAUUUAUUGUUCUUUUUGUUGCUUUACUUGGGUUUGUCAUCGGACAUCGAAUGUCAAAUUAA